AGCCAUGAGCAGCUACAUGGACAACCAGAACGGCGGCCCUACGCAAACUCUGCUGACGGAAGAUAGGUGCUGCCCCGGGUGCAAGAAGUCGGUCGUGGAUGAGCAUGGCGGUGUCGUGGUUGCAUUUGGCCAGUCGUUCUUCCACGUCGAUUGCUUCAAGUGCGCGAAAUGCGGAAACCAAGUGACGGCCGACACGAACUUGCUACUCCUCUCGGAUGGAUCCCCUAUAUGCGCCAACUGCUCCUACAGCUGUAAUGUCUGUAAGCAGCCGAUCCUCGACGAAGCUAUCAUGACAGGAGACGACUCCUACCACGCCCACUGCUUCAAAUGCAAGGUGUGCAAGAACCGCAUCGACGAACUCGUCUUCGCCAAGACCAGCCAAGGCAUCUAUUGCAUGAACUGCCAUAAUGAGCGGGUCGCGCGCAGCCGACGGCAUCAGGCGCGCAAGCAGGAACGGGCAAGGGAGCAGGAGAAGGAGCGAGAGCGCGCGGCACAAGCACAGGCCGCCGCUGGCAGCGCGAGUGGAAGCAUGAACGGUAGACAAGGCGACUCACGAGAUGGUCAGAACGGCCGUCCAUCGGCGACGGCCGGCGCAGAGCAAGGAAGACCACACUCACAGACAUCAGGGGAGGGCUCGUCGCCGGACGUCACCUCCCCACAAGGCGCGCUCUCCCGCUCUAGUUCCAAUCGCGCGCCGGGCUCGUCGGACGACCAUUCGGCGCCCUCGUCAGCGAGCGUACGGCGGGGGUCGAUCCUGUCCAAGCUGGUGGCGACGGAGUCGCAGCAUCGCCAACAAGACCAAGGUGCAUCCUCCGUCCCAUCGCCGUCAGCGGGCAGCCCGCCGUCGUCACAGUUACUGGGUUCUCCCGCGGAGAAGGCUUCCAUACGUCUGUCAAAGAGGCAUUCGGGCAUGUUCAUAGGCCUCCCCGCCUCGCCCUCCAUCACGCGUAUCAACCCCAAUGCAGGCAGGCCAUCGACCGCAGGCAGCUCUACAAACAGCUCUCCCAUCGAACACCUGCGCUCGAAUACCUCCCCCACGUCUAGGAUGGACUCACUCUCGGUGCCCAGCUCGAGCGACAACACAACCGGCGGUCAUUUGACUAAGCGCAGGAGCUUUGACGCGCGGAUACAGCCCCUCAACGUGCUCCGUCCGAGCUCGAGCAGCGUCUCGCUCAAUACGAGCAACGGCACCCCCGCAUCCGAGCGUGUGCGCUCCCCGCCUGUCGUCAUUGAUACCGACCCCCACUCCGCGGGCAGGGAGUCCCCAAGCCCAUAUUCUCCCUUGCGCGACUACUUCAGCCCUUACGGCUCGGCCGAACCCCAGUCGUACACCGACAGCGAUCACCAGGAAUCGCCAAUCUCCCCUGCGGUACGCAACGGUCAGGAGUAUGACGCACAGCGCGCUGCAGCGGGGCGUGGGCGUUCCGCGUCGUCGAGCGUCCCGGGGCCGAGCGCGAAUCAGGUACAGGGCAAGCCACCGCGCCCCACACUCAACCUGGACAAGAUGCCCUCACGGUCGUCCAGUCUCGCAAUCCCAUCGUCGUUUGAGGCUCUCGAAGCUGAGUCACCGUCCAACCUCGUGCUGGAUCGCAGCCCACGGACGCCCGAGCACCGCCCCCCGAACUUGAACCUGAACGGCAACAGUGUCCGCUCGUACGAUCAUCUCGAUGGGGGAUACAGGAGCCCGGACUAUAUCCGCCAGAGCGCGUUGUCUGGCGUCGAGUUCGAGGUACGGGGGAGCGGGAGCUCACUGCCAUCUUCCCCCGCCCACUUCGUGGACGUCCCCCAUGGCAUCGAGAGCGGCACCGACACAGAAGCGGAGUCCGACGAGAACGGCAUGUCGAGCCGCCACAGCGAGGCGAGCAGCGACCGGCCACCCUCGCUCCCACCCAAGGACGCGUCCCCGCAGCCGUACCAGCGCCCGGGAGACCUACGCAUCGACGUCGGCGCGCGGCGGCACGGGGCGGAGACGGAGGACAACUCGGCGGACGAGGCGGAGUCGUCGCCCGUGGAGCGCACGUCGCACUCGACGUUCAUCGCGCCCGCGCUGCCGCCGAUCCGCAUCUCCAUGGGCGGCGCAGACUUCUCGGACCUGAUACGCACGAUGAGCGGCGUGCCGAAGGGCGCGGAGAAGCUCCGCGACCUCGACUUCACGCUCACCCCGCCGGAUUCGGCUGGGCAGCCGACGACGCCCCGCAGCGACAUUACUGUGCUCGGGUUCAACGACGGCGCCAGUGCGGAGGAGGCGACCCCGAUGAAGCGCCAGCCACCGUCGACGGACAGGAGCAGCAGUGGCGCCACGAGCCCGUCGUCGACGUCGUCGCACGAUUACUCGUCGCAGGAGGGCGCGCGCCGGUCAAACGACCGCGAGCGUGUGCGAUUCGACUCCCUUGCGCGGUCUGGCACGCCACCACUAAGCGUGGCGCGGCGGCGCGUAGACUCUAACGCCACCAGCCAGAGCAUGAACGGCCAGCGGAACGGCGGCGCGCGCAUCACUGUCACUGCACCGGCAGAUGGCGUCGAGCAUGCGCGACAGAAGCUGCAGGAGGCUGUUGUCACCGCCUCUGAGCGCGGGACCCCGCUGGUUACGCUUGACGUCGGGUUUGUGCAGACGGUCCUGACGUUGCUCGAGCAGCAGCAGCAUGACUACAGUGCGCUGAAGGGCAACUUGGAUGGCAUGAAGCGGGCGAGCAAGCAGUACAUGGACGGCCUGACCGUCGCUCAGACGGAAUACGACCGAGAGCUCAAGGCGCGGCGCGACGCUGAGGCUGAAGUGACACGCUUGCGAGUGCUGUUGUCAGGUCAAGCUGCGCGGCUGAACGCUAUCUCGGGCGAGUCCAAGCGUCAGGAGGCGCAGAAGCAGCUGUCUCGAGAAAUCACUGACCAGAUGUCGACGCUCGAACGCGACUUGUCGAAGCUGAAGGUCGAGCGCGACAUGACAUUGGCAGAGGUCGAGCAGCUCUCCGCGUCCCGAAACUCCCCCGCCGUGGCUAAUUUCGAAGACGGCGGCGCCUCGAUGACAAGGGCGCUCUCGAUGCGCUUUGACAACAUCAAGACGCAGUACCAGCACGAGCUCAUCCCCUUGACCGAACAGCGCGAGAUCCUCGUGCGCGAGCUUGCGGAGCUGAGAGCCUCACGGGACGCUUUCCUGGAGGAGACCACCGUCCUCAACCAGCGCAACGAGGAGCUCGCCCAGCUCAACGCCCAGUACCAGCGCCGCCUCGAGGCCGCCGCCAACCCCGGCCCGCCCAAGGAGGACAACGUGCUGCAGGAACGCCGCGACAACAACUCGUUCGACCGCGCACGCUCGCCCCCAAUGCUCAACGCCUCUGUAUCGUCCACGACGCUCGCCGCGACCGACGAGUCGGCCGAGACGAAGUUCAUCAAGAUCUCGAAGCCGGACGUGCAGGACACGCCGCAGCCAGUGAAGGCACGGUUCAUCAAGUGGCCGGGCUCGAAGGCGGCGCCGAAGGAGAACGUCGCGGUGAACGGCGUGGACCAGGGCAAGCCCAAGUGGCGCACGGAGCACAUCUUCCAGCAGGUCAGCGUGCUGCGCGUCGCGCGGUGCGACCACUGUGGCGACAAGAUGUGGGGGUCGCAGCUCCGCUGUACUGCUUGCAACGUCGCGGUGCACACGCGUUGCAUACAUAGCGUGAACCUCGCAUGUUCGCAGCAACAGGUAUUGCGUGACGAUGGACAGCCUCUGGCGCCCCUACCACCCUCCAUGUUCGGCCGGGAUCUCAUCGAGCAAGUCAGUGCUGACUCAAGGGAGGAGCCAAGAGUACUCCCGGUCAUUGUUGAGAAGUGUAUCGACGCAGUCGACUAUAUCGCUCUUGACCUCGAGGGCAUCUACCGCAAGACUGGCGGUUCAGGCCAGUCCAAGAUGAUCACGCAGCUGUUCGAGCGCGGCGACUAUACAUCCUUCGACCUUCGGGACACCGAACGCUUCAACGACAUCUGCAGUGUCACAUCUGUGCUCAAGUCGUACCUGCGUGCGCUGCCAAACCCGCUCCUGACCUUCGAGCUGCACGAUCAGUUCAUCAGCGCUUCCACUCUUCGGGAUCCGUCUGUGAAAGCUAAUACGUUCGCCGACCUCGUUCAUGAGCUUCCGAGGGAGCACUACUACACUCUGAGGGCACUGAUGCUCCACCUCAAUCGUGUAUGCGAGAGAAGUGAGCAGAACCUCAUGCACGCAAGGAAUCUCGGCGUUGUUUUCGGACCAACAUUGAUGCGUUCGCGCGACCCCGGCGCGGAGUUCAGCGACAUGGCAGGCAAAGCACUUUGCAUCGAAUGGUUAGUCGAGAACGCACCACGGGUCUUCGAGCAGCUGCCGCCCGUCUCAUGAGCCCCAAUUCCCGUCACGAUGUGCCCCUAUAACACUAUCACUAUCCGUAUUUGUCCCGCGCGCCCGCCUCUCUCUAUCUCUCUCUUUCUCCUUACAUCACGGUCUGUAGCCCUGUAGAACCCGCACCGCCGCUGUACCAAAAUAUCCCUCCCCUCUCUGCAUUCCCCUUGUUUAUACUCUCCACCAUGCCUCCAUUCUCCAUUCUGCGUUCCCCUCCAUCUGUCUUGGGUAGCCUCUUUCUUUCCACCGGGGACCUCUCGCUUCGUUUCUCUCGUCUGUCCCACUACUACUACUACGCGUCUUCGCGGUAUGUACGGCCGUAGUAAUGCCCGCUCGUUGCAUCCUUCCACACUUUCACGUUCUCUUCUCCGCAGCAUUGGUAUAACGCCGCAGCCUACGUAUCUAUACC